UGGGUGAUUCAUUUAUCAGUGUUCUACAUGCGCAAUGUCUCGAGUUUUGGUGUAAAUUGGGUCGACCGCAAACGGGCAGAUAAAGGAGUUCUUUUUGUAAACUGUAAACCUCAUCGCCUACUCAAGAGGGAGUUUAUUUUGUACGCGAAGGCACAGGAAAUACGACAGAACGAGAAUUAAUUCCAGUUCAACCGGGAGGGGCCUCAGCAGUAAGGACAGCAGAAAACGCCGCUGAGUCGACGGACUACGUAAAGCAGUAAAGGGGGGCAACAGAAUCUCAGGAAAGAUGUUCAGUCUGUAUGUGGUGUUAGCAGCUGGGUUAGUGACGGUGGCCAUUGGUCAGGCUAACCCAGACAGGUGGAGCCCUAGUGACUACCCAAACCCAAGGAUGCCCAACAGUGGCUCAUACAGCUGUCUACGGAAACAAAAGAAGUCCUAUAUCUGUGAUCCAAAUACUCUUAUUUCAUUUGAGGAUGCCAACAUGUUGGACAAAGACUUGGAGCGGAUAGCUAACAAUAGCCGCUGCCUGUGUUCUGCCAGUGAGUGCAAUAGGAGACAGCAGAAUAAGGAACCCAGGGGAACAAGGAUGGCUGUUGCUUUGAUGCAGGAAAUGAAAAGAGAAGUAGAUGGCGAGGACUCUGAUGAAAAACGUAUUGGGGAUGCACAGUCAUUUGCUCACCGACUUUAUCCCAACUGGAACUUGGGAGGAGAGUGCCACGAUGUUGUACUGUUAAUUUAUUCUAAGCAUGAGAAUGUAUUGUAUGUGGCCACUGGUCCAGCAGCUAGUCAAGUUGUCAGCAAUAUGGAUCUGAACAGAAUCUUGGCUGACUCUCGACAAUAUUUCUCCAGUGGCAAUGAUGAAAACAGCAGAAGAAAACUUAAAGAGGGACUUCAAAGACUGAUAAAUGAUUUCAAAGAGCAUUUAACCGGACAAAAAACAAAUAUCGAAUACAGAAUUGAAGCUCAGAAAUCCAGUGGAAAGAGAAACACAGUACAGCCAAUAAUCUUGAUGACUCUUGCCAUAAGCUUCUUACUGCAGAUAUUCAAGUAAAUAUACAGACUUACCAAAUGUUCACAUUUUUAUGUGAAAAUCAGUUUCCAAGAGUUCUUUAAAGAAGUUGUGGUCCCUGUGCUCUUAGCAAAAAGGGCUUGAAAAUAUAAAAUAUUCUGUAAUUAGACAUUUUACAGGGCAGUGCCAAUUAUAUUUUAAUGUUCAUACAGGUGUUUAUGCUCAUGCACUAAGUUGAAAGUAGUGUUCACAUCGUUUACAAAUGUUUUUGAAUACAAGUAGUUUUUCAUCAUGCAUAGGCUGUAAUAGAAUUUGCUUUUACACAUAUUAACUUAUAUAACCUAGACACUGCAUUUAUAUCAAAUAUGAUAAUUUAUUGCAUUUAGGUUAAAUGUAUUCUGUUCUGUGCUUUUUAAUACAAAUAAAUAAAAUUAAUCUUGCAGCAUACGUUAUAACUUUACCUGUAGAAUAUAUAAUUAUGUAUAAAGCUUGUUAUUUUACACUUUCUUAUACCAGUAUUGCAAAAAGGGAAAAGUUACCAAUGACACUAAUAUUUCACACUUAAAUCAAGGAAAAUAAAUUU